AUGGCUGUUCUAAGCAUCACGAACGUCGCCCUUUUGGGUGUCGCUUAUGUUGUCUUUUGCGUUGUUUGGCAGGUCGUCAAGUACCGCUUUUUGCAUCCCCUUGCCAAAUUCCCUGGUAACUUCUGGGGAAGCGUCACACGCCUUUGGAUCACCUACCAUAACGUGGUAGCAGAUGAGUGUGAAACCUUCCAAGCGCUUCACCAGAAGCAUGGACCUGUCAUUCGAAUCACCCCUACCAUGCUGCUGGUCAGCGACGCUACCCAACUCCCCAAGAUCUACAACCGUCACGCAAACAAGUCAAAGCACUACAUCACUGGAAGCUUCGGCAAAGAUGAAUCGCUCUUCAACAUGCAAGAUUCGGCUAUGCACACCAAGUACCGAAAGAUCGCCGCCCCUCUAUAUAGUCUGACCAACAUCAAGAAGAUGGAACCCUUGAUUGACGGAAACAUCGACACUUGGAUGGCCCGCCUCCAGCGCGACUUUGCUGCUACCAACAAGCCUUUUGACUUUGCACCAUGGGCUGUCUUCAUGGCUUAUGACAUUAUUUCUGAGGUUGGCUUCGGUGCUCCUUUUGGCUUUGUGAAGGAAGGCAAGGAUGUUGAGGGCCUCAUCCAGGGUUUCCACGAUGGUCUUACACCUUUCGGUAUCAUGGCUAGACUGCACCCUUUCACCAAUUGGGUUAAGAGCACUUUCUUGGGCAAGUACAUGGUUGCUAGUCCCGAGCAGGACUCUGGUAUUGGAACGCUGAUGCGCUUCCGUGAUCGCUUGAUUGCGCAGCGCUUUAAGGAUAUUGAGAAUGGCUCUACUGGUGGACGCAUCGAUCUUCUUCAGACUUUCAUUGAGGCUCGUGACGAGAAUGACAAGCCUCUUGAUAUCAACUACAUCAAGGCUGAGAUUCUUCUUGUCCUCCUCGCCGGUGCUGAUACCACCGGCACUGCCUUCCAAGCUAUGAUGAUCCACAUCCUCACCAACCCCACUGUCUACAAGAAGCUCCUCGCUGAGAUUGACGCGGCCACUGCCGCUGGAAAACUUUCCGAAAUGCCCCAGUACGACGAAGUCGUCGAGCACUGCCCCUACUACAUCGCCUGCGUCAAAGAGAGUAUGCGUCUCAACCCCUCUGCACCCAACAUCUUCCCCCGUAUCGCUCCCGCCGGUGGCCUUGAGAUCUGCGGCCACUUUGUCCCUGAGGGUACCGAGAUUACCUGCAAUCCUUGGCUCGUACACCGUGACCCCAACAUCUACGGCGAUGACGCUGAGAAGUUCAAGCCUGAGCGAUGGUUGGACGAAGAUAAGGCCAAGAUCUACAACAAGUACAACAUGGGUUUCGGAUAUGGACCUCGAGUUUGCCUUGGACAGGAUGUUGCCAGGAUGGAACUUUACAAGGGCCCUCUGCAGUUCUUGAGAAGCUUUAAUGUUGAGUGGGUUGACGAGUUGAAGAGGGGCAAGUAUGUUGUUAAUGGUGGUGUGAGUUACUUUGAGGACAUGAAGAUCAAAAUCUCCCCUCGCGAUGCUACUGCUUAA